AUGUCAACAACAGGUCCGUUAGAUGCUACUUUAAUAAGGGACGUUGCGGUUGCUACUGCCACCAAAGCAUCAUACGAUAUGAGCGAUACUCUAUAUUCAUAUCUACCCAAGGUCGACCAAUUUUAUAUUCCUGAAUGGCUUACAAUGCAAUUCAUUGCCAACAAUUUGAUCAGCUUUACCCCCCUAUUUUCAUAUGGUACCACGAUCAUUAGCAUUGAGAAAUGCAAGACUGCUUUAGGGUUUUCAAUAGAUAUUUGUGCCACAAUGUUGAUCGCUAGUAUCCUAAGAAUAUCUUACUAUCUCAUUACACCGUAUGAAAUCACUUUGUUGAGGCAGUCAUUAGUGAUGAUUUUUAUUCAACUGAUCUUGCUGAGAACAAGCUUAAAAUAUAGACCUGAUGAGUACAAAUACCAAAAUCUCACCGAUGUAGAGUCAUUGUCACAUUUGAUUCACGACAUAUGGUUCGAGUUUUUUAGCUGCAUUAAUAGACCGAAAUUUUUAAGUGAAGAUUGGAAGAAUCUGAUCAAAUCUCUUUCGUUCACAAAUUUACUGAAAUUUUCAUUCAAAAUUUUUUUGGCAUUUUUUUAUAAAAUUUUGAAAUUCUUUGACCCAAAUUUCAAAAGAAUUGGAGCGUUUUGGCAGUGGGAUGACGACAAAAAUUUCUGGAGGUUUUUAGCUCUUUUUGCAACUGUACAAAUAUUGGUCACAUUUUUCAUCUCUAAUAUUUUAAAUUGGGACUCACUAGCUCAAGGACUGGGCUCUAUCAUAGGGUCGUUGGGUUUAUUGGUGGAGUCGCUUUUGCCGUUACCACAAAUCGCCAUUCUUUAUAAAUUGAAGUCUGUUCAAGGUUUCAAAUUGAUCCUUUUGGUAAGCUGGCUUUGUGGUGAUACACUGAAAAUCACUUACCUGAUAUUUGGUGCGAAAAAUAUUUCUGCUUUGUUUGUUAUUUUUGCAUUAUUUCAAAUGUCAUUAGACUUUUACAUCGGUGGUCAAUACAUUUACUACAGAUACUAUUAUCCAAAGUUAAGGCAUCAACAUCACCCUAAUGACAGUAAUUCGCCAUCAGAUGAAGAUGAAAGCGAAAUGUACGAAUUAGAUCUUUUUAAUACCUUACAAAAGGAUGUCGAAAAGGCCUUGAAACAGGAUAGUAAUGAUACGUCAGAUUCACCUCAAGAUGACCAAGUGGGUAAAUCUCAGGCACAGGCGGUAACGCUAUAG